GUCGGUUCAGUAUCGGCGUCAAUUUUCGUCUCAUCCUAACAGAGUGAGCUAAUUUUGGGCCCUCAGAGCUGACAUUAGGGCAGCAAAGUUCUGUUCAGGUGAGAAUGUGGCAGACAAAAGGUGUUUGGAGAGGGAAUAGGAAGAUGGGAAUGGAGAGUCCCAAGCAGAGAAAUAAAAGUCACAAUUGGAUAGCACGUUGCACAUGGAUGGGGAUAAACCUUUUUGCCAUAUUUGCAGGGGAUGGUCUCUCUGGCACAUGGUUUAAAAGCCUCCCAAGGCCAUGCUUUUCCUGGUUUUGGUGUGGGCAAUUUUUUAGGCUUAAUAUAGUGGGGAUAUGAGAGUGAACUCAGGAGAUUAGCUCUUGUCUUUACUCGGCGUGUGCAUCUUUUUCUAUCUUUGAUAUUUUUGCCUUUUGGACUUUUUUGGUCUUUAGUUUCAGCAUUAUAUUGGGUUGUCUUUGGGGCCGUUUAUUUUUUAGCAAGUUUUCCGGUGGGAAAGUUGUUUAUGAAAAGCUUUGUUGACAGUUUUCAAUGGUACCAUCUCCAUUCCUAUUGAUCUUUGCUUUAAUAAUUUUAAUUAACUUAA